AUGGGGUCCCACUCGCUCCCCUACAUGGAGACUAACCCCAAGCUCAUAUUCUUCACCGACUUUGAUGGCACAAUUACCGUCGACGACAGCAAUGACUUCAUGAUCGACAACCUUGGCUUCGGCCGGGAACAGCGCCUUGUCUUGAACGAACAGGUUCUGAACGAGACCCUGAGCUUCCGUGAUGCCUUCCGCGAAAUGUUGGGAUCUAUCAAGACCCCUUACGACCAGUGUAUCCAGAUCCUGCUCAAGAACAUGAAGCUGGACCCUGGCUUCAAGGCGUUCUACGAAUGGGCCCAGGAAAAUAAUGUCCCCAUUGUCAUUCUGUCCUCUGGAAUGCGCCCCAUUAUCAGUGCGCUGCUGGAGAAGUUCCUCGGCCACAAGCCGGCGGAGCACCUGACCAUUAUCUCCAACGAGCCCGUGAGCCGCGAUGGCAAGGACAUCAACAGCGAGGGUGGCUGGGGUAUCGAGUACCACGAUGACAGCCACUUUGGCCAUGACAAGUCUCUGGAGAUCAGGCCUUACGCCGCAUUGCCUGAUUGCGAGCGCCCCGUUCUUCUCUAUGCUGGAGACGGUGUUUCAGAUCUGUCUGCUGCCGCGGAGACUGAUCUUCUCUUCGCCAAACAGGGCAAAGACUUGGUCACCUACUGCCAGCGCAGAAACAUGAAAUACACAACCUUUGAGGAUUGGUCCACUAUUCUCAAGACCACUCAAGCCAUUUUGAGUGGUGAGGUGACGGCACGCGAUGUUGCUGAGGGCCGUUACCAGCCUACCGACUCCAAAUAG